AUGGCUUUCAUCUUUAGUGAUCCAUUUACUGUGGCCAACGUUUUUAUCCUCUUGAUUGAAAUGGUCAUUGGGAUAUCUUGCACCAUAUUUGUUAUAGCUGUAAUAGUCAACGAAAGCAAACGAAAAAAGUCCAUGAAUGCAGGAAAUAAAAUACGUGUAACCCUUUACAUAUCCAAUGUCUGCUACUCGAUCACGGUGUUCGCCGGAGUGAGCAGUGGCUUUCUUGUGCCUAAAAAUGACCAGAUCACCAAUUCUACCUCAGCGUAUGUUGUCUGCUCUCUGAACAUGUUUACCAUGAGCUCUAGUUCCUGGCUGCCGGCAGUUCUUAGCAUAUUCUACUUCUUAAAGAUUGUGGAUUUUAAAGCCAGGGUUAUAGUUUGGGCAAAAAGGAACAUCAAUGCUGUAGUACCAUGGAUGAUCGUGGGAGUAGAAGUGUCAGCUCUUAUUAGCAGCUUUCUUGGCGUCCUUCUAUUAAAGAACCCUCAUUCCUCUUCUAUUAACAAUUCAACGUCAGGUAUCAACAACGCAGUAUCAAACUAUGCUUCAGGAUUUUUGAGCAUUGCUUUAAUUGUAAGCUCUGCACCCUUCCUCAUCAUAGUUGUCACCUGCGGCUGUAUUGCUAGAACCUUGAUCAUGCACCAUCGCAGCAUGAUGGAAAGCAAUGUGAACUCAACCAACGACAAGGCAAAAAGUUACACAAAGUUAGUGAGCAAGAUCAAGCGUCUAGUUCUAAACUAUAAACAAAAUGCUUAA